CGUACAGAAAUUGAAAAAAGAAUUGAUGUUGCGCGGCGCUGUAACUACGGGAAGAAAAACAGAUCUCAUAGAAAGGUUGGAAGCAUACGAACGAAAUUUUAACUUAAGCGGUCCCGUAAUAGAGCUGUCAGUGGAAAGGAAGGUAGACUGGCCCACUACUGGGUAUGAACAAAUUACAUCAGAGCAUUAUGACUUAAUGCCACAUAUAUCAGAAGCCCAUAUCGAAGGCUCCCCCAUAAAAGCAGAAGACAUGCCUUGUCGGUACAACCCAGAUCUUAGUGACCCAAGGCCUCAGAAAUACAGAGGAAUUGCUGGACACAACGAUUAUGUGAGCAACAUUGUAACCAAUUACUGUGCUUUAAUGUCAGCAGAUUUAUCUUUCAAGUACAUGAAGCCCAAGGCAUUUAUCAAAUUUGCAGUACUGGACCAUGAUUACUUGGACCUGCCAUUCACUGAAUAUUGGACAGAUGCAGCUCAGAAUGUUUCAGAUAGGGACAUUGCCCGCAUCGAACACAGAACUAGGAAACAGAAUCUGUCGAAAGUUUGGCACCAAGAGAGAGAAUGACAUUUGACAGCUUUCAGGUUUGGGGAUAUUUACAAAGCUACUGAUUGACGUAACAGACUGAAGCUGUGUUCUAGCAUCUUUAAACCUCAUAAACUGAAAACACCAACUGUCUUACAUGGCCAACAAUAUGAAGAUGUAGCAAGACAAACAUUUCAAGAAAAAAUGGGUUUCAAAGUAAAGGCUUGUGGUCUUUUCAUACACUCGGAGAACAAUUAUUUGGCUGCUUCGCCCGAUGGCAUUAUUGGAGAAAGUGCUAUUGUUGAAAUUAAAUGUCCAUAUAAGGGUAGAGAUCGUAAGAUUGCUGCAGACAAGUUUUUCCCAUUUUUGCUAGAGGAUGAUGAUGGUGUAUUGCAUUUAAAACAGAAUCAUAAUUAUUAUAUGCAGGUGCAAGGGGAGUGUAAUGUGUGUAGAAAAGAGAAGUGUUUCUUUGUUGUGUACACAUUUGUUGAUAUUUUUGUGGAAGAAAUCAAUGUUGACAGAGAUUAUUGGUGUGGUUGCAUGCUGCCAAAGUUAAGAGUUGUUUUAUAAAAAAAACACUACAGAAAAUUUCUUGCUGAAAAAUUGUAAAUUGAUGUCAUAAAUCUGCAGUUAAAGCUUUUUCUGUGAAGACUUGUGCAUAAAUUUUUCAUUUCUAUAUGGAUAAUAUGAUGAUAUUUGCAGGUUUUCUUUUCAGAAAAGCCUUUUACAUCUGUUAAGAUCAGCACAAUAUUUUAAUUGUUUUUCAAAAGUUAACAUGGUCAUUAUAGUGCACUGUUGUAAUGGAUAACAUUUUUUAGCUCACCUGAGAAGUAAGCUCAAGUGAGCUUUUCUGAUCACCCGUUGUCCGUCGUCCGUCCGUCUGUCCGUCUGUCCGUCCGUCUGUAAACUUUUCACAUUUUCAAAUUCUUCUCAAGAACCACUGGGCCAAUUUUAACCAAACUUGGUACAAAGUAUCCUUGGGUGAAGGGGAGUGUAAAUUGUUAAAAUAAUGGGCCAAGUCCCCUUCAAAGGGGAGAUAAUCAAGAAAAGACAAAAAUAGGGUGGGGUCAUUAAAAAAUCUUCUUCUCAAGAACCACUGGGCCAGAAAAGCUGAAACUUAUGUGGAAGCAUCCUGGGAUAGUGUAGAUUCUAAAUUGUAAAAAUCAUGACCCCCGGGGGUAGGGCGGGGCCACAAUAGGGAAUCCAAGUUUUACAUUGAAAUAUAUAAGAAAAAUCUUUAAAAGUCUUCUUCUCAAGAACCACUGAGCCAGAAAAGCUGAAACUUAUAUGGAAGCAUCCUGGGGUAGUGUAGAUUCUAAAUUGUAAAAAUUAUGACCCCCGGGGGUAGGGCUGGGCCACAAUAGGGAAUCCAAGUUUUACAUUGAAAUAUAUAAGAAAAAUCUUUAAAAAUCUUCUUCUCAAGAACCACUGAGCCAGAAAAGCUGAAACUUAUAUGAAAGCAUCCUGGGGUAGUGUAGAUUCUAAAUUGUAAAAAUUAUGACCCCCGGGGGUAGGGCGGGGCCACAAUAAGGAAUCCAAGUUUUACAUUGAAAUAUAUAGGAAAAAUUUUUAAAAAUCUUCUUCUCAAGAACCACUGGGCCAGAAAAGCUGAAACUUUUAUGGAAGCAUCCUGGGGUAGUGUAGAUUCUAAAUUGUUCAAAUCAUGACCCCCGGUGGUAGGGCGGGGCCACAAUAGGGAAUCCAAGUUUUACAUUGAAAUACAUAAGAAAAAUCUUUAAAAAUCUUCUUCUCAAGAACCACUGAGCCAGAAAAGCUGAAACUUUUAUGAAAGCAUCCUGGGGUAGUGUAGAUUCUAAAUUGUUCAAAUCAUGACCCCCGGGGGUAGGGCGGGGCCACAAUAGGGAAUUGGAGUUUUACAUUGAAAUAUAUAGGAAUUUUUUUUUAAAAAUCUUGUUCUCAAGAACCACUGGGCCAGAAAAGCUGAAACUUAUAUGGAAGCAUCCUGGGGUAGUGUAGAUUCUAUAUUGUUUAAAUCAUGACCCCCGGGGGCAGGGCGGGGCCACAAUAGGGAAUCCAAGUUUUACAUUGAAAUACAUAAGAAAAAUCUUUAAAAAUCUUCUUCUCAAAAACCACUGGGCCAGAAAAGCUGAAACUUAUAUGGAAGCAUCCUGGGGUAGUGUAGAUUCUAAAUUGUUCAAAUCAUGACCCCCGGGGGUAGGGCGGAGCCACAAUAGGUAUAUUAAAAGGGGGAGAAUCUGGUAAAGAACAGCAUGGCCAAAGUUACUCAGGUGAGCGAUGUGGCCCAUGGGCCUCUUGUUUACUAUUGAAACUAUUGUUCUAUAUUGCAAAAUGUAGAUUUUCAGUAGUCAACCUGGAAUUUAGAAUAAUCCAAGAGAAAUGUUUAUGAAGUUAUUAAUGGUUUGUAAAGAGGCGUACAGAGAUACAUGUAGUUAUAAAGAUGUAUCCACUUGCUGCUUUAAGACAAAAUUAUGUAAGAAAUAACAGUUAAUUGAGUACAAUGUGAAAAUGUUAGAUUGAAUAAUGCAAGUGUAACUGAAAUCAUUGUUUUUAUUCUACAACAUGUAUUAAAUAAUAUUCAUUUGAA